UGACUGACACACUCACAGAGCUGCUAGAAAGAAGAGAAGAGCCAUCCACAACACCAUACUGACGAUGACGGGGUGACGGUGAUGGGAUGCGAGAAAGGGGAGAAGAUAUUAUCCCGCGGCUAUUUUUUCCAUUCUAUGUAAUUUGACUUAUACCAUGAGGAGAAGUGGACCUACACGUGCAGACCGCGGGAAAUAAGACGGCGUGUUGCUGAAAAAUGAAGACACCCAUGCACCAUGGAGUAGCUGUGUUUCUCGUCAUCACUCUGUGCGCCAGCCUGUUCCUCGUCUACAACGCCGGUUUCCACGGUAGCACCACCGGGAGCGGGAUGGCGGGCGCGAGGAGGGGGUCCAGAGACAGGAGCGAUGCCAGGAGAAGCUGGCAGCCUGAGCAGCAGCAGAAAGCCUCAGUCAGACCUCCUCAUCCACCAGCCCUACAAGGAUACAGCAGCAUCAUCGACCACAAGCCUCUGAAAAUGCACUGCCGUAGCUGUGCGUUGGUGACCAGCUCCGGUCACCUGAUGGGUGGUGGUCACGGCGAGGAGAUCGACCGGGCGGAAUGUGUGAUCCGUAUGAACGACGCCCCCACACUGCGGGGCUACGGUCGAGAUGUUGGACGCCGCACUUCACUACGCGUCAUCGCUCACUCCAGCAUGCAGAGGGUCCUACGGAGCCGUCAUGAACUGCUCAACGCGUCCCAGGACACAGUGUUUAUCUUCUGGGGGCCCAGUAGUUACAUGCGGAGAGACGGGAAGGGUCUGGUCUACAAUAACCUGAGGUUGAUGAACCAGGUGCUGCCCAAACUAAAGGUCUACAUCAUCUCCUGGCAGAAGAUGCUGCAGUUUGACGAACUCUUCAAGAGGGAGACGGGCAAAGACAGGCGUAUCUCUAACUCGUGGUUGAGUACUGGUUGGUUCACUAUGACCCUAGCUCUGGAGCUGUGUGACCGGAUCAAUGUCUAUGGCAUGGUGGCUCCAGACCACUGCAGAGAGCCCCAGCCCCCAUCGGUCCCCUACCACUACUACGAGCCCCUCGGUCCAGAGGAGUGUGCCAUGUACAUCAGCCAUGAGCGAGGCCGCAGGGGCAGCCAUCACCGCUUCAUCACAGAGAAGAGGGUCUUCGCCAGCUGGGCUCGGACCUUCAACAUCCACUUCUACCAGCCUGACUGGGAGCCCCCGCCGCUGCCCCCCGCUAACCGCACGCAGGGGUAGACGGUCUCGGUCAGCAUACGUGACUGGCGACCGGGAGUGGAAGUGGGACGGUGACAGUGAAUUCUGGGCAUGUGUGGAAAAGAUGAAACUCAGAUGGACUGAGGACUGGACAGGAGCUGUAGAUGGAGCUGGAUGGACCGCAUGGGACGGUCCAAAGCCUUCUGACCACAACUGAAUGGUCCAUACAGUAGGAUACUGACUGCACAUGGUCCUUCGCUGGGGAUCGACCGUCCUCCUCUAGUUAUCUGUCAUGGACAACUGGAAGGAAAAAAUACAGUUGGCUGGUCCAUAGGCUACUAACCACAACUAGUUUGACCGCACCUGAUGGUCGUAAGGGUUACUGACCACUAUGUGAUGCUGAUAAAGACAGCACCUCUACAGACACUGUCUAACUUCACAUUCUCUCAAGAUGCAGAAGAAAGAAAUCACAUUUCUCCACUCCUGUUGCAGAGUGAAUAUUUGGUGUACCAUUUUACUGCAAGAAAUGCUUAAUUCUGCAGGAGUUAAUAUUACGGCUAUGUGAGAGGUUAAAGACCUACAGUCUGUGUCUAGAUUUCAGUUUCCAUUCAACCCAUCUGAACAGUAGGCUACAGUUCCCUUGACUUCCCAUAGGCCUAUUUGAAGUCCACGUCUUGUCAGCUGUCAAAUGUAUUUAGCACCUCACAAUCAUCACACAUAACAGCCCUGCUAUCAUCCUCUUUUACCAAAUGUCUUCCUUUUUCAAUGCCCUCCCUUCUUUUUAUUUUCAACUCUCCACACACCCCCCCCCCCCUUUCCUUACUUGUGACACCCUGUCAUCACUUCCUGUUGAACGCAGAACGAGGGAGAGCUCGGUUUCUUUUUUUUGGAAAGUUUGUUGUUUUGGAUAAAGUUACUAGCUAGCUACCUUUUUAGUGUGGAUAUUGGUUGGCAUCAGUUACUGGGACUGCUACUAUCUGUCCAGUGAUUCUGCUGACCAAGGGUCUGUGGAGCUGUUUGGCGUAGCAGCUAGCCUAGCUGAUAGCCUAGCAUAUAGCCUAGCUGA